UCACAACGCGAGAUCACUCCUCUUGACAAGUGGGAAAUUCUGCCUGAGCAAAUAGAAUUUGAGGAAGAGCUAGGGAGUGGAGCGUUUGGCGUGGUUUACCAAGCCACAUUUAAGAAGAGAGUUGGGUUGGAGGUGUUUGACACCGACAUUUCAAAACGGCCUUUGUUAUCCACAAAAGAGGCACCUCAGGUGGUUGCUGUCAAACUCUUACAUGGUAAGAAUUGGUCAUAAAAGACAGACAAAGCCAUGGAGUCUUAAAUUUUGUGACUGCCUUUAGUCCUCUUCACAUAACAAGAAAAGCUGAGGGAUUUAAGUGAACUAACUGCACCACAUAAAGGCACUGAACUUUUUCGAUCGAAGUUUCCCGAGAAUUGACACACUGUAGACACUCUGUAUUAUAAUGUAUCAAGAGAGAGCUUUAUCCUCUUUUGAUUGUAUAGAUCAAGGGUGACGUUGUUUUGAUAUCCGGAAAUGAUUGGAGAUGCAGGGGUUAUUUUGGCUUCAUAAUACAUGAAGUGCACGUCGCAAGAAUUUUAAAAAUGUAUCAAGAUAACCAUUUUUAUGUUUGGAAUUUUCGAGGUCAAGAACACAAUUAUCUCCAGAGUACGUCUAAGCCAGUUAGCUCUUAACAAAUCCAAAGUCUUCUUUAUUACUACGCACAAACUAGAAAUCGACCACUGGAUACAACUGAAGCACAACACUCACAUAUGUUUGAUUUUAAAUAAUGCAAGCUCUAAUCAUUAGAUUUUGUCCCCCCCCCUCCCCCCGCCCCCCUCCUUCUUUGGUAAUCCAAGUUACUCCGUUUACACAGCAAGUCAAGGCAAGGACAAUGAGGAUGAAGGGCAAUAGAACUAUGAAACUGAGCUACGACUUCACCAUGAUGGCUGCUAGACCCAGGGGGUGCUUUCUUAGAACUAUACAGGGUGUGAGCGGAACCAAAGGGUAUCAAUGAUUUUUGGCCCCUUUUUGGUCUGAAAUUGGGUAAAGAUUUCCACGAUUUGGGUCAAAGAGAAAAAAACUGAAGUAGGAUAAGGUUUUGCUCUCCAUGGUGCGAAGUCUGUUUUCAUUUUAUUUUAUUCUACUAUUCAUUUAUUUACUUACUCAUCUUUUUCAUUCGUCAUUUAAGAACAGCGGCAGGUCUGAAAAAGGGUAAGGGAAACUAUGUGGACACAUUUCACCCAUACCAACGCCCAAAUUUCCCAGGGGGAAGGUACCCCUCGGGGGCUGCUGAGAGAAUGCAGUGGUAAACUGAAUAGUAUAAUACGAAAUGCCUGAAUAUUUCUCGACAUUCUGUUACACGGUGGAAUAGAUCUGUACUUUGUGCCUCAAUCGUGGGGUGCGAUAAAAAUCGGAGGAAGUAUAUAGAGGGGGGUGUAAGGGUUUGUGACGAUGCAGUUUUGCAGAAAUGCAGAAAUGUUUAUUUUAAGUCGCGGUAUUACGGUUUUGAAAAUCAAGGGGUUUGUGGUAUUUAAAAAUUUUCAGGUAAUUUCAAUGCGGUUUGCGAUUUUCUUAUGUUAUUCUGUGCAGUUUUUUUAAUCUAGCACUAAUUAAUGCUGUCACUGCAAGAUAAAAAAGACAAUGUCGUAUAUUCAAUUGCCUUUAGAUGAUCCAUCUAAAGCACAGAAAGAAGAGUUCAAGUUUGAGAUUGAGCAGAUGAAACUGUUGGGUUCACAUAAGAACGUUGUAUCCCUGGUUGGAUGCUGCACGACUCAGGAGAAAAUGUUCCUGGUCAUAGAAUACGUUCCUUGUGGUGACCUGCUGACGUGGUUACGCCGCAAAAGAAAAACGGUAAGGAGAUGA